CUCUGCUUGUUAUAUAACUCAGGACUAAUGUGUGACGAAUACAAUAUGUUAAUAAACUGGCAGUUUUCCUGCGGUCUCGGGAGUGUGCGGAAUUGUACUUUGCCAUCUUACAACAUGGCUGUCACACCGCUCAGUUAGCAGUAGAAUGGAGAGCGUGUCGGUGUCACAUGGCGGCGCUGGCUGAUGACGCAGCUUGUUUUGGACAUGGAGGAUGAGAACGAAUUACUGAAGAGAAAAAUCAACUUGUUACAGGAUCUAAUUCAUAAUCACAAGAUUGUACAUGGCAAUAGAGCAAUAUCAUCCAUUACAGCAAAUUCAAGAUGGCAGAAUCCAGCACAGCCUACGUUCCGGCCCAGAGGGGCUUUCCAUGGUGGACCAUCCCAAAGAGGGUUCCAGUGUACUGGGCCUCGCUUCCAACCACCAAAUCAGGGUAACACAUGGAGAAAAAAAUACUCUCUGGUGAAUAGGGUUUCUAAUAACACUGAGCAAAUAAACUCUGUUGCCACCACCUCUAGUGGGAAAACGGGAAGCAAUGCUGCAAUAACAGGACUGCCUACCCACCCUAUAUCUCAGGGUGUACAGAAGCCACAAUUGAAUGUUAACACCUUGCCAGCUGUAAUAUUGGGAAACCAAAAAGUUCCUGAAAAAUCUUCACAGUACAGGAAAGUUAAUACUUUUCUUGUGUCAAAACCCCCCAUAUCAGCGGUAGAAGGCAACAGGCACACGCAACUGAAAGAUUAUUCGUCCCAUGUAGCUCUUUCCACGUCUGCACAGAUCAGAUCCACUUCUCCAGCACAAAGAGCUGACGUUAAAUGUGAACAGAAGAUUGUGUCAAAGAAGAGCCCACUACCUCUUAAUCAUCAGAAAACGCACUGGUCAUCCCAAGAUACACAAACUGCAAUUCAAGGAACUACUGUGAAGAUAGUUUCAAAAAAGAAUUCUUCUUUCUCCCAUCAUCAAAAAUUGCACUGGUCAUCACAAGAUACAAAAACUGGCGAUCAAGAAUCUACUGUGAAGUUAGUUCCAAAAAAUAAUCCUCCUCCUUCCCAUCAACAAAAAAUGCACUGGUCAUCCCAAGAUGCACAAGCUGCAAUUCAAGGAUCUACUGUGAAGUUAGUUCCAAAAAAGAAUUCUCCUUCCUCCCUUCAUCAAAAAAUGCAUUGGUCGCCCAAGGACCUGAAACCCCAAGGAUCAACUGUAAAAAGUGUUACUUCAGUGACACUUCCCCAUCAAACAAGGUCCACUUUCCCAGAAGCUUCAAAUUCUGCCCUGGAAAAUCCCCAAGCUGGUACUUCAAAGGAGAGACUUGUGACAGUCCACAAAAUUCGCAAUGCACAAAAAGGUACCACACCUCUGGUAACGCCAGCUAAAAUCACUAGAGGUCAGAAAACAACAUACACUUGGGUGGCAAACCCAGCUAAAACCAACUUGACUGGUAAGAAAAUCAGCCCAAAUGCAAAGAAACUUGGAAGUGCACAAGCACAGGGAGUGCGAUCUCCAGCUGGUUCUGUGAUUUCUAAAGGGAAAAAACAAACGCCACAACCAAAAACUGUAACACCCAAAAAUAAGUACAAGUGGAAAGCAGAGCACGUUGGCCAGACGCCCUCUAAUUCUGCCUAUUUGUCAGGCGACGGUUCCACAGAAAGAAAAGCUAAGGGGCCACAAAGCACAGACACACAGGUUGCCCAUGUUACAGGGCUAAAGGCGAUAUACAGAGAUUCUACACAUUCCAAUUACAAAGUGAAAAGUCGGACCAAAAUCAUCAGGAGGAGAAGCAACUCAAGUUCCCCUGUGGAUAAGAAGUCUUCACCUUUAGCCCCACUGACUAUGAAGGGUCGCUACUGCCUGCGGCGACGCAUCUCCCCUCGGGUCAAGUCCCCAACAGCUCUCAAAAGAAUCUCCCCUAAAGGCCUAGUACAGCUAACGAAGCACAGACUACGGAGGUUGCCCCCGGCCAAGCAACAAGACUCGAACUCCCCCUCUGUUCGUACCUCCACCUCCAGCCGUGUGAUAAAGACCAGAUACAGUAUUGUAAAGAAAAGUAUCAUCUCUCCCCCUAGAGCAUCCUUGAGCUACUCAUUCGGCCCCUUCCUUAGCUGGAAGACACGCCUCCUUAUGCUAAACAGGAAUCGCCAGCUUCCCACAAAUGUGAAGUUUCAGCAGAACCAACAGAGAUGGAAAAGCCGGGGGCUGCGCUGUAUUGGAGGGGUCAUGUACCGAGUAUCUGCUAACAAGCUCUCUAAAACCUCCAGCCCCAACAUGAGUAUGAAGCAGACCCCAAGGGCAGGGCGUCCGGAUAUCACAAGCACCAGUCCUAGAACAUCCACACCAAGCCAGUAUGUAGCAAGCCGCGCAGUGCAGCGCAGUUUGGCUAUCAUUCGCCAGGCCAAGCAGAAAAAGGAAAAGAAGAAAGAAUACUGCAUGUAUUACAGUCGUUUUGGAAAGUGUAAUCGUGGCGAGAGCUGUCCUUACAUCCAUGAUCCUGAGAAGGUGGCCGUGUGCACAAGGUUUGUACGUGGAACUUGUAAGAAGACAGAUGGAUCGUGUCCUUUUUCACAUAAAGUCUCAAAGGAGAAGAUGCCCGUGUGCUCCUAUUUUCUGAAGGGGAUUUGCCACAACAAUGACUGCCCUUACAGCCACGUUUACGUCUCCAAAAAAGCUGAGAUCUGCACUGAAUUCCUCAAGGGCUACUGUCCCAUGGGAGAGAGGUGCAAGAAGAAGCACACGCUGCUCUGCCCAGAUUUUGCCAAGGAUGGCAGGUGCCCAAAAGGCUCUAAAUGCAAACUCCAGCAUCACCAGAGAAAAAGGCGUUUAGAUAGCCAUACACCAUCUGAGCAGGUGCGGUCAACUUCAAAGCAGAGGAGAUCAGCAGAGGAGAGUCAGAGCGUGGUCAUGGACGUGACCCUAGAAAAUGACUGCACUGAUGUCCAGUCCAUAAGUGAUGACGAGGUUGCAGGGGGCAGUGGUUUGCAGAAACUCCCCUCGUUUAUUUCCCUGAACUGCUCUCUCACUCCACCUAGUGACGGGAUGCAAAACUCCAGCAAGACCAAACUAGCAGAGGAUGCAGGUAAACCUAUUCAAAUCAAGCCAAGGCUGCGGACCGCUGUCACCACAGAAUGAGAAUUUACCAUGAAGAAGACAUUCCUCCAUUGUCAGAAGCACUCAGGAUCCCCUGCCUUAAAUGCCCAGAGGUGUAGCCGCACGUGGUUGUGUGUGUCCUUGCAGAUGAGUGCAAUGGCUAUUUUACUUUGGUAUUUUGUUUUUUUCACGAUACAGAGCACUAAUUAGUGGCAGAAUGUGUGGGCGCAUGCAGGAUUGAUGGGGAACCUUCUUAUUAUACAAUAAUUUGUAAUGUGCCACUGUAAUGGUAGCAGAUCCCAACAGAUUCAUAUUUAGAUCUGAUUUAUGUAUUUUUUGUUUGUAUCAACAUAGCCAAAUGAUUUUAUUUACUUGUCUGUAAAAAGAAUAUUUAAGUUUUGUGAGCAGCCUGUACAGUGCAUAGUGUGGCACAUUUGUCUACACUGUUGUAUAAUAAUACUGAUCUUGUAGGGUUUGCAGAGUUUUAUACCUUACCAGUAGGGCCACAGGUUCCUUCUCAUGGGCUAACAAUUAUACUGCUGCUAGUCUGUAUAAAUCCAUCUCUUAUGUGUAUGAAUGUGCUAGGAUAUGUAUUUAUGUAUUUCCUGCUGAUUGUGUCAGGUAGAAAGCGAGUCACUAUGCAAAGAUGGAUGUUGCCGUCCACUGAUUAGCUUUACUGCGUUGUCCAUAAAAUAACGAUCUGUGAUUUUCUACAGCGAGGACCUAAUAAGAUUUAUAAUACUGGGCAAUGGGUCCCUAGAACAGCAUUGAUGUUUAUACCUUUUUCAAGUGAUAUCAGCUCCUGGUGUCAACUUAGGGGUCAUUUGCUCCAGAAGAAUUAAUUCAGUCACUUACUGAAAUAUUUGAUAUAAUGUGUGUCUGUUAAAAAGCAUUUAUUUCCAAUACACAUUGUCUACUGUCUGUUAGCUGUUGAAUAUUACUGUGUUCUGGUGCAGAUAAUCACUAUGUUUUGUCCACAUAUGACUCUGUCACAGGGAAACCUAAAACUCACGUCACUCAUCUUGCAAAUGGUUUGUUACUGCAGCAGAAAUGAAAUAGCACAGAGUAUUCAGUGUGACAGACAUAUUUACUGGCAUCACAACCUGUCCCUAUGCCAAUGUUUUCCUUUUGCACCAUUACAAACUAGAGUGAGGGAAGGACUUGUUGUUGCUGCUGGUUAGUUCCUCUAUCUCUGGCUGACGAAUCUACAGGUCUGACGGAAAAGAAUGGGGUGUUCAGGGCCCUUUGCUGCAAUAGGAGGUCUUGCUCAUUAGUGUCUCAGUACCUGAACAUAUCUGUUGCUGACUCCAUAUUGUGCAUAUAUUUGUUUUAUGGCAAUCCUUUUAAAGGGACAUAAAAGUCUUGCAUUACCUUUAAUUCAUCACUACAAUGGCCUUAGCAUAACUGCAGUUCAGGUUAGCAUUUAAAGUAGAGAUGUUUUGUUUUGAAAUUAAAUGUGCCCAACUUCUGCAACCUCCAUACGGCCUAUAGCUUUUCUUUUCCUUUUUUUUUGUUCUUCAAUAAUGGCCCAUGGCCUCUACAGCCAAUAAGAGCCCAUAGUGCCCAUCUUAUUGUAAAUGUCACUGUACCCCUGUUUGUUUCCUCAGGGGAGGGCAUAAGCAUCGCUCUUCUGAAGCAAUAGCCACUAGGGGAAGCACAGUCAUUUGCAAUAAUUGCUUGGUAGUUACAGACUCUGAUUGGCUGCAAGUUUUAUUUAAUAUUUGCAAGAAUUGUGCACGCUCCCUGUACUGCAGUCUUCCUAGGGACCUUGAAGUGAUCCAUUAAAGUUAAAACAUCCUUAUGAGUCACCGUCCUUUAGAAUCCUUUGGAGCAAAGACAUGAUCAUCCAGUGAGUUGCUAAUGAAUUUGUCAUCACAUCGUGGGCCAUAUACGGUGCAACAACUUAUAACCCAGCAGCAGGUGCUGAUACUGCUAUCCUUAUAGAGUUUACAGCAGACACUAGUUCAUACAGUUCUAUAUAUGGGAUUAUUAUUACCCCAUAGAUGCUAUUUUUUUGAUAACCUCACAAUGUAUCUGAUAACUUUCUGCACAGUGUGCUGAUCAGAUCACAACUUCAUAAGCUUAAAUUAUUCUUCUGUAACAGGAAAUAUUUUUUUAUUCAAGAUGAUUUUAUUUAGAUAUAUUCUGGCUAUGUUUUCUGUAACAUUGCAGUGUUUGGUUCUUUGCCCUGUGAUGAGUUUUUAGCAUUUGAAUAAAAAAAAGUUUGUUUUUAAA